AGCAGAGAAUUGAAGCGGGCAUUGAGGGUUAAUUGAUACGAUAUAUAUAUAUAUACAUUAAUAGGAUGUCUCAACCAAUUAAGCCUCUGAAAAAGCCACCAGGCUACAGAAGAGAACCUUCGAUCAUCCAAAUGCCGCUGGAGGUACCGGAGCUUGUGGCGUAUCCGCGACUUCCGAAGCACGCGCCGCCGCCCUACCCUCAACGGCGAAGGCGCAGGAAUUGCUGCUGCAUGUGUUGUUGCUAUUUCAUCCUUUUCCUCAUAUCCCUCAUCCUCUUGUUGAUCCUGUGCGGGGCCAUUUUCUUCCUGUGGUUCCACCCCAAGCUGCCGGUUUUCCGCCUCACCUCCCUUGAUUUCACCAAAUUCGCCGUCACCAACUCCCCCGACGGCGCCUCCGCCACCUUGAACGCCCAAGGCACCCUCGGGGUGGAGAUGAAGAACCCCAACAAGCGGCUGAAAAUGGUGUACGGGCGGACGAAGCUGGAAUUGAGAGGCGCCCGCCGCAGUGAGGACUUGCGCCUCGGGAAGGGCAGCGUGGGCGGUUUCGUGCAGAAACCGGGGAAUGUGAGGGAGUUGAAGGUGAGGAUUCGGUCUAAGGAGGAGUUGUUUGGGAAGAGUGCAAGAAAUGUGGGGUACAGAUUCAAGAGGAAGAAGCUGAAGGUGAACGCUGAAGUGAAGACACGAAUUGGAAUAGGUUUCUCGGGGGGUUGGCGCGCCGGCCCCAUUAAGGUCACCGUGCGCUGUAAAGGUCUCAGCUUGAAACACAUUUCCGAUGGCACCUCCCGGAAAUGUCACGUUAAACUGCUCAACUUGUUUUAUAUAAGCUGACGGAUUAUUACCAAUUCAAUCCAGCUUCAGAUCAAAAUCACAAAUUAGUUCUUAUGUGCAUAUAUAGAACAACUCUAGUGUGUUAUAGGUAGGCCAGAAGGUAGCAGGCCAGAAAGCCGAGGUUGGGCUCGCAUAGACUUAACUUACUGGUUCGGUAGGUAGUAUUUAAGAGAAGAUCAGAUACCAAGGUUAAAAACUAGAUAGUGGCGGUGUGAAAUUUACCACCCCUUCCCACAUAUUCUGUCAGGCCAGAGUGUAGAAGGCCCUUGGAAUUGGGAUUCAACAUUUUGGAAGAAGAAACAUAGUUUGUUUUCGGAGUGAAUUUUCAUAGAAAUAUAUGAAAUGUUUUACAGCACAAGAUCAAUUAGUACGACAGGCAUGCUAUCCAUUUUCAGAUUCUUGUGAAUUUGUUUGUAGCAAAAUUUAAUCAUGGAGUAAUUUAGUCGGGCUGGCUUAGCUUGUAGAUAAGUUGGGUUGUAAUAUAAUAUAUUAAUAUGUUUGAUCUG